CGGCGCUCGCCACUGAAGCUCAGGACGCGCCGCCCGCCGGCCUGCGCCCGCCGCCCCGCCGCCCCCCAAGAUGUGGCACAACGUCGGGCUGACCCUGCUGGUGUUCGUGGCCACGCUGCUGAUCGUCCUGCUGCUGAUGGUGUGCGGUUGGUAUUUUGUAUGGCAUCUCUUUUUAUCGAAAUUUAAGUUUCUGCGGGAACUGGUGGGAGACACAGGAUCCCAGGAGGGAGAUCAUGAGCCUUCAGGGUCUGAAACAGAAGAGGACACUUCAUCGUCUCCGCAGAGGAUCAGAUCCGCUCGCCAAAGAAGGGCACCUGCUGAUGAAGGCCGCUGACCCCGGCCAUAGUCCUGUGUUAGUGAAUGAUGAAAGGCAGUUGGGAGCCUCUGUCUUUAGUGACUCGGCUUUGCAAUUUGCUUAAAAGAUUGA